ACUUUUUAACGUCGAAGAUCAUGCCCAAUACCACCGCGUCGCCUAUGCCAGCGAAAGUGCCGCGAUAUUAACUGUGUUCGUAUUUUCGGUUUAUUUGUUUUUUUUAAUAACCUGUUGUUGCUUAUUAAUAAACGGCCCAAGGGUCUCUACCCUCAAAACUAGUGUCAACUUCAAUUAUUGCGAUGUAAGUCGUGUCAACCUACAUUCAACUAGGAUAUCCUAUAUAAUUAGUAUUAGAGUAGACGCAGCAACAUUUUUGAGUUACCAUACACUGAUUAAGUGCCUCAAAUAAAUUUUUCGUAAAAUUACAAGUAAGAAUUUAUGUACAUAAAUAUAAUGAAUUGAUAGAUAAUUAAAGAAACUUAAUCGCUAUGUUUUAUGUUGCUAAUUUUGUUAUACUUACACUGAUUGGAUUUGUAAACUUGCCAAACAAAACUGUAGCUAUAACUUAUUCAAAAAACAAUGUUCCAUUUAACAAUAAAAUACAGAUGGAAAUUCUUGAAAAAAAAUUAAAACAUUUGGAAAAUAUUUCUCAAGUAGAUAAAAGAGUAAUAGGUAAGAUUAAGACGUUUGAAGAUAAAAAGAUUAAUAAUUUAUUUAUUACAGUAAAUUAUCAUUUGAUUACGCUCAGAUGUAUGUACACAUUUAAUAUAUAUCAUCAUAUGAUCUUAACUCAAUAUCUUGUAAAAGAUAAUAAUUAUAAGAAAAUAGACGAAAGACAUCUUUUUGAAAUAAUCACACAAAACAAAGAAAUUAUACGCAAUAUGUUAUCAACGUCUAUUAGUAUGGGUGUUAAGGAAAUUGAAGCUUUAUGGUUAAUUUAUAUUUAUAUGGAAAAAUCAAAUACCAACAUUAAAUAUAUUAUUCAGAAUCACGAAUUUCUAGUGAAAUAUUUAGCUGAUCAUACAGGCUGUCAUUAUUGUCAAGAUCAAAAAAAAUAUAAUUUUAAUUUUGUAAAUACAAACUUAAAAGAAUGUAACCAACAAGAACCAUUUAAUUUAUGUAUUGAAAAAGUUAAAUCUUUAGUUAAGGAAAAUACUGACACUAUUAAUACAUUUAUGAAAAAAAAUGCUGAACAUGGUAUCACAACAAAUAAUUUAGAUUUGAUUGAUAGUAAGCAUUUAUAUAUACAUGACGUGUUCAUUUUUGAUCAAUUUAAUAAAUUUUCUAAAGAUCUGAAGACUUAUUUUCAAAUAGGAGUGAAUUGGAAAAGUGUUAUACCUGUAUAUAAAGAAUAUAAUUUAUCAUUACAUUAUCCUGAAGGCUUUACAAAUUUUACUAACAAUAUGAAAAUAUAUCAAAGUGGUUUAUUAAAUUUCAUAAAAUUAUUUGUUAUUAGAGCAUUACAUGUACAUCUCAGAUUUCCAGACGAAAAAAUAAAUCAGUAUACUGACAAAAUAAUCAAUAUAGUACAAAAAUUUAAAACUUUUUUAGCUUUACCAGAUAAAGAUCACUUACAUUUAAUUUCAAAUUUGUAUUAUUCACAAGAAAAAAAAUCAUUAAAAGACUUAGUUGUUAAGUGCGAAAAAGAUAUAGUAAAAGAUAUAUGUGCUAAUUCAAAUUUAGAACCUUGGUAUGUGGUGAACCCUGACGGUUUUAUAAUGAAUCCAGAAAGUAUAUCACUGCAUUUGGACAAAAAACUAGACAAGUCACUCGAAAAUUUGGUAAUAAAAUAUGAUAUCUUAUACGAUGAUUUUCAAUCAGAUGACAAAUUAAUUUUAAUAAAUGUAAAGCUUCUGAAAGUGUUCUGUGAAUACAUAAUUGAAAAAAGUGAUAUCAAAGACAUAAAUUUUAAUAUAGUCAAUUCUUUUUUGUAUACUAACAGCCAAGGUGGCCAAAAAACAAUUAUAACUAAAAUAAAAGAUAUCUUUAAUAAAAACGUUUAAAAUACGAUUUAAACACUUUUUUUAUUAUAUUUUUAAUUUGUAAAUAUUCAAAUUUAAAAUAUAUUUUAUUUUUUAUAAAAAAUAAUAUUAAACAUUGUGUAUUAAAGUAGUAAUAAUAUUAUGU